AUGGCAGUGAACUUUGGCUGCAGCUUCAUCGCACUUUGCUGUUUAGCACUCUGGAGCUUCACCGGGACUUCGGGUGCUAUGCAUGUGCCACCACCUCAUUCGACCGUGAAACCUGGCUCCCCUGUCCCCAUGAACACCAACAACCCUGGUGUUCGCAAGGCAGCUCGCUUCGGGGUUUACAGAUACAACAACAGUUCUAAUGACCUCUUUCUGUUUAAGGAAUCCCAGAUAAACAAAGCAAUGGUACAGAUUGUCAGAGGGCUGAAAUACAUGCUCCAUGUGGAAAUUGAACGCACAGUGUGUGAGAAGAGGGAGCACUACAGCCUGGACAGCUGCAAUUUCCAGAGGAAAAAAAACCUGCAACAGAUGCUGAGAUGCUAUUUUGAGGUGUGGAUAACACCCUGGUUACAUAAAGUACAUGUCCCUGUUGCUCUCUGUCACCAACACCUUUCCACAUGA